AUGGCGGAGGUUGCAGCAGUCGGGUGGGCCAUCUCCACGCUGGGGUGGAUCGCGUCGCCCAUCACCACCAGGCUCCUCAACCAUGGCUUCGCCCUCCUCGGCUUCCACGAGUCGGAGAAGCUCCGGGAUCUGGAGGAGCGUCUUCUCCCGCGGCUGGAGCUCAUGCGGCAACAGGCCGAGAGGAUCCCUCCCGGGCAGCGGGGUAGUGUGGAGCAGUGGGCGAGGAGGCUCAAGUCCGCCUUCUACGACGCCGAGGACAUCCUUGACGUCGCCGACUAUCACCGCCUCGAGAAGCAGGUCAUAUCUCAAUCGGGAACCAAGUCAGCUAUAAACCGUGUGAAAGUACAAAUCACCUCUGGGAAAAACAGAAAACUGAAGAAAGCUCUAAAGAAGUUGGAAGAUAUAGUUGAAGAAGGGUCUCAGCUUUUGUCACCGCUGGCUAGCACCAUUACUAGUGGUAGCAGUGGCAAUGUCAUUUCAGAUCCUGCAAACAGCGCGACCAGGAUUACCACUACUUCAUCUCCUACAGGUUUCAUAAUUGGUAGAGACAAGGAACGUGAUGAGAUAAUAAGGAUGCUCCAUGAAAGUGUUUGUGAACCAACCUCCAGUAACAGCAAGUGUUAUUCAGUGAUUGGUAUCUAUGGUAUCGCCGGUUCUGGGAAGACAACACUAGCACAACAUGUUUGUACCUUUGAACGAACAGAGAACUAUUUUAGCCCUAUCAUGUGGGUUCAUGUUAAUCAGAUUUUCAACAUGCAUGAAAUUUAUCAUCAGAUGCUGGAGGCAGCUUUAGGGGAGCCAUGCCGUAAGUUCAGUAAUCUUGACACCCUACAGAUGAAGUUAGAGGAAGCACUGAGGGGCAAAAGGUUCCUGCUGGUCUUGGAUGAUGUAUGGACUGGGAAGGAUGUGAAUGAUGAAUACAAAUUGGAUCAGCUAUGUUCUCCAUUGAAGGCUGGAGAUACAGGGAGUAAGGUCCUGGUCACAACUCGAUUUGCCUAUGCAGCUAAGUAUCUAAGUUGCCAUAGCCCUAUGCAAAUACCUGACUUGAACGAGAUGGAUUUCUUCAACCUUUUUAUGCAUUACGCACUACAUGAUGCAAAUCUCUGUGACCAAGAAUCAGAAGCUUUUAAAAUGAUUGGAGAACGGAUUGCGAAGAAAUUGAAGAAGUUACCAUUAGCAGCAAGAGUAGUAGGUGCACGACUACGAAAACAAUUACAAGCUAUCAUUUGGAGAAGAGUUGAAGAUCAUGGCUUGUUGACAGAUACCAUGGGAGCUCUAUGGUGGAGCUAUCAAUACCUUGAUGAGCAUGUGAGGAGGUGCUUUGCAUAUUGUAGCAUAUUUCCCCAAGGACACGUGUUUAAACGCACUGUGUUAGUUGAUUUGUGGAUGGCAGAAGGCUUUAUAAAAACUACAGGUACCGUUGAGCAAAUGGAACAUAUAGCACAAGGCUACUUUGAUGAACUAGUGUCAUGCUCAUUUCUGCAAACAGGAAAAUACUCAAAUGGCACCAGCGAGAAUGAGUGGGUUACUACUCAUGAUCUUCUGCAUGAAUUGGCUACCAUGGUUGCUGGAGAUGAUUGUACCACAGUUGAUGGCAGUGGGAUGAAACAGUUUCCUCCUGAUGCCCGCCAUCUUUUUGUGAGGUUGGACGAUCCAAUGAAGUUUACCGAGCAGAUUUGCAAAUUAGAAAAUUUACGCACGCUAAUCAUUACUAGAAUUGGAGGUCUGACUAUAACCAUACAAGAAUUUGAGGGAAUGUUGAAGAAGUUAAAGAAGCUGCGUGUGGUGCAAGUACCUCUACAAGGCAAAAUGCACACGGUCAUCCCAGCCUGUAUUUGUGACUUAAAACAUCUACGUUCUCUCACCAUCUACCCUUCAUAUAAGCAUAGUAUGGUACAUUUGCCAAGAAAUUUUGAUAAACUAUAUCAUUUGCAGACCUUAGAUCUCUGGGAUGAAGGAUAUUUAGAAUUCUCCAACGUGAAGAACAUGAGCAGCCUGAUUAGCUUGAGACAUGUCAAGAAUCCCCAAGUUCCUUUCUAUGAUUUUUCAAAGGUUUCAUGUUUUCCUGGGGUUGGGGAGAUGAAAUCACUUCGAGAAUUGAGUGACUUUAGAGUGAGGAAGGAGGAGGGGUAUGAGUUGCAGCAGCUGGAGAGACUAAAUCACCUUUGUGGCAGCCUGAGAAUCAGUGGCCUUGAAAAUGUGGAAAGCAAGGAGGGAGCACUAAAAGCCAAGCUAUCUGACAAGAAGUACCUGACAACAUUGUCGCUUGCAUGGUCAAGGAGGUCUAGUCAACAGCCAGACCUUGAAACGGAGAUAAUUGAGGGCCUCUGCCCACCGUCACAGCUGGCAGAACUUUGGAUAUUUGGCUACAGCGGAUGGAAGUGCCCAAGCUGGUUGGCACAAAAGUUUAGUAGCCUACGAUGCCUGGAACUCGAGCAUUGUGAUUACCUUGAAGCUCUCCCUGAUAUCAGUGAACAUUUCAUUCACCUUUACAGCUUAGACUUGUUUUUCUUCCAAAGCUAA